CUUCUGGUUCCAGGAAUUCACAACUUGGUCACUUCUUUGUUGAGGUGGAAGCAUUUUGACUGCAAUGGAGAAGACAUUGUACAGGGAACAAAAAGUAAAAGAUGAUUCUUCAUCGUCCUCAUCAGUUUAAAACUACCAAUCCAGCACCUAAACCACCUAAAAUAGUAUGGAGGAUGACCAGGACCCUGCAGAACAAGAUCAGCCACCGCCACCUCGUCGUUCUCGACUGUUACCAUUCAAAACACCGAGUAUACUAGCUGGUCUUAAGUCAUCCAGGAGACCCUUCAUUUUGUCCAAGAGGGAUGAAGGAUCCCAGCAGUCUGAUUUUAAGAAAGAUAAAUUACCUUGGCCAGAUGGUUAUGGCAGCAAGCCCAGCAACUUCCGGAUGCCAAAGAACCCAUUCUUAUUACCAGAAGAUGUUGACGGAUCCCAUAAGAAUGAUGUUAAAGACAUGAAAGCAGAUUGGCAGGAUCAUUUUGGUGGAUUUCCAGUGCCAAAAAAAAGUCCAUUAUUGUCUGAGAAAAUUGAUGAAACUCUGCAGUCUGACCUUAAGAAAGAGAGAACUCUGCAAGAAGCCUCUUCUGGUAACAAUCCAACUGUAACCACAACAUCCAAGAGUGAAAAGGAACUCAAGUCAGAACCUCCAGAGCACCAGAAGUGUCCUGUUGGAGAGAAGCCUUUGGCAUGCACAGUAGCUAAGCACACCUCCAAUCUGGCAGGUAUGUUGGCGGAACGUCAGGAAACUCGUAUUACUGAGGAAGAAUAUAUUUGCAGCUACUGUGGAAACUGUUUUACAGGACUUGCUGCAUUCUCAGAACAUGAACAGACUCAUAAAGAGCAUAAUUUAUUCUCGGCUGUAGGGUGUGAAAAGACAUUCAAACCACUGUCUGGUUCUAACAACCACCAGUGGGUUCAGUGUGGAGAAGAUGCAACCAAAGCUGUUGGUGACGCUAAUUGUAAUGACCUGACUUUUGAAUUUAACAAGGGUGAGAUACGUGAAGGAAAAAGACCUUUUUUAUGUUUGGUGUGUGGGAAGGGGUUCGCUAAGCUGUGUACUCUCUCGGAACAUCACCGGAUUUAUCAUGCAGGUGAUCCAGAUAUUGAUACUUAUAUGUGUGUUGCUAAUUGCUUCCAGAUUCAAAGCGCUGGUGGAAGCCAGAGAAUAGCCAUAGAGAAACCUUUUAAAUGCGCACAAUGUGAUAAGUGUUAUGCUCAAUUGUCACGACUCUCAGAUCAUGAAAGGAAGCAUCAUGGAAAACAGAAAGCCACAACUCGAGCUCGUAGGAAAAGAUUCAUAGAACCAUCCGGUUCUAUAAAUAACCAAAGGAGUCCUGUAGAAAGGCCUUUUAAGUGCACAGAAUGUGACAAGUGUUAUGCACAGUCAUCCAGGCUCUUAGAACAUCGUAAGACACAACAUGGAAUUGGGGGAUUGCCUCAUUCUGUAUUUUCAAGUUCCACAGAACAGUUAAUUUCAGCUAAUGAUGACCAAAGUCAGAAAGGGAAAGCCUUUAAAUGUACACUUUGUGAUCAAAGUUAUGCUCAACUAUCAGAACUGUCUGAACACCAAAAGAUACAGCAUGAAGGAGUUAAAUCUCCUAAACCUGCAGACUCUGAUCAGAGUUUGAUAGAAAAACCUGUUGAUUCUAGUAACCAGAUGCUUCACGUAAACAAACCUUUUAAAUGUAACAUGUGUAAUGUCAGUUAUGCGGAGUUGUCAAUACUUGUUGAACAUGAAAAGAUUCAUCAUAACAAGGACAACACAGUACCAGAAUCCAAAACUUGUGAGAAAAACUUUUCACAGCAGUCAAAACUUGUAACUCAGCAGCGUAAUCAGACAGUAGAAAAACCCUUUAAAUGUAAUGAAUGUGGAAAAAGUUUUACUCAGCAGUCUACGCUGAUUAAUCACCAGCGGAUUCAUACAGGAAAGAAUCUCUUCUUGUGUGUUGAUUGUGGAAAAAGCUUUACACAUCAGGUAAGGCUGUCUGAACAUCGACGGAUUCACACUGGAGAGAAACCGUUUACAUGUGACCAGUGUGGAAAAAGCUUUGCAAGAAAAUUUAUUCUUAACAAUCACAAACGUACUCACACAGGGGAGAAGCCUUAUACAUGUCAUGACUGUGGGAAGACGUUUACUUGCCUAGCAAAUCUCCUGGUUCACCAGCGAAUUCACACAGGUGAAAAACCAUUUGCUUGCAUGGAGUGUGGAAUAGCAUUUAGACAUCAAACAACUUUAGCCAACCACCAGCAGAUUCACAAAACAGAAAAGACUUACAAAUGUACAGAAUGUGGUAAGAGUUUUGCUCAGCAAGCAUCUCUUACAAACCAUCAGCUUAAUCACUUAUGGGAGAAGGAGUGUAAGUGACUUGGGUUUAAUAAGUUGGUAAACAUUAGCAUUCAGACUUCUUGGACUUGGGCAACUACUCACAGGAUUUGUUGUUAAAAUGAACAUCAGAGUAUACCUAGACUAACCAUCAGGUAAUAGUAUUUUGGGUAUGACAGCUUCUGAAAGAAUUCUAUAUUGAAGAACUCUUGUUAGAUUUGAAGGAACUGUAUAGAAGAGAGUUCAGUGUUGUCACACUGAUAGACCUAUAUGCCAUUUAGAUAUACUGCUGGUGACAAAUGUAAGUAAUCACGGUUACAUUUGUGGAUUUACCCAAGUUAUUUUCCUGUAAUACUGAAAGGAAAUAGAAUUUACCAAGUGCGACCUUCUCAACUGAGGAAUGUUUUUUUAAAGCAUUUUCCCUUUUUUUUUGUUUCUCUAAUCCAGAAUUGUUGAUCUUAAAAGCAGUGCAGGUCUUAACUACUUAAAGUUGCAUUUAUUCCUGUUGUAUUAUUCUGGCAUUGCUUAAAAUAUACCCAGUGGCUUUCAGUGCAAGAACUUCAGGUGCUAAAGCUAUCAGGUCUUGGAUGAAAUAUUUUAAUUUUUUUAGAGUACAUCAGCAAGCAGUGUACUGUUUUUGUUCACUUUUUAUUUGCCACAGACUUAGCAGUGUGUUUCACCCAAUAUACAUUUUUGCUGCAAAAUAUUUAGUAAAAAGCAAGGAACAAGAGUAAACAGAACGGUUAAAGUAGCUUGCAUAACAAUGGAAUAUUCAGAUGCAUUUGUAAAUUUGCUAAAUAUAUACAUGGAUAAUGUUUUA